AUGUCAUUUAUUAAGACUGUUGAUUCUUCUGAUGUGAUAAAAACUGUCGAUGCAUUGUUUAAUUUGUUUGGUGAUGUUAUUGAGUGGGUUGGGUCUAGUAACAUUGUGCAUGUGGUCACUGAUAAUGCUGCUAAUUAUACAGAAAUUGUUCGACCAGGAGUCACACAUUUUGCCAUUGUUUUCAUUACUUUGAAAAGUAUAUAUGAUCACAAGGAAGAUUUGCAGGCAUUGAUGAUGGACAAAUAUUUCACUUCUCAUAAGUUAGCCAAAAGUGCUAAUGGAAAGAUUGUUAGUUCAAUUGUCUUGGAUAGUAAGUUUUGGCAAAAUUGUGUUACCACUGUGAAAAUUGUUGGUCCUCUUAUUAAGUUGUUGAGGCUUGUUGAUGCUGAUGAAAAAUCCUCUUUGAGAAUCUUGUAUGAAAGUAUACAAAGAGCCAAAAAUGCUAUCAAGACAAUGUUUAGAAAUCGAAAAGCUGCUUAUACGCCAUACACGAGUAUCUUGAAAAUGAGGUGGGAUAAGCAUUUGAAGCGUGAUCUCCAUGCGGCAGCGUACUUUUUAAAUCCAGGCAUUUUCUAUAGUGAAGAUUUUGUUGAGAAAGCAAAUAUUUUGAGAUCUUUACUUAAUUUGCUUGAUGUUAAAACACUUUGUGAUGAUUCAGUUGUCGCAAUGCAAGAGAUACAGCGGUAUCAAGAUUGUAAAAAAAGUUUUGGGAGAGAAAGUGCUAAGAGAGUGAUAUCAAGACUCGAACCUGUUUGUCUUCUUCAUCAAACCUAUUAUUCAUCUGGAUGUGAGAGGAAUUGGAGCCUUUUUGAACAAAUCCAUUCAAAGAGGAGAAAUCGGUUAGAGUAUCAAAGAUUAAGUGACAUUGUUUAUGUCACCUAUAACCUAUGUCUUCAAUCUGGGUUGCAUCGAAAGAAGAUGAAUUAUGAUCCACUUGACAUUCAAAGCAUUGACACGGUAGAUUUUUAG